CCGUGGUCCCCAUAUUAUCAACCCUAAAAUCUUUCCCGCCAAUUGAAGUCCCAAUUUUGCGCUUCCCUUUCUCCUUCCUCAAUCAAUCUGGUGCUAGCUGUUUGCCAAUCGUUCUCUUCGGGUUUUCUCGCCGGAAAAAGGAGUUGAGAAAAUGCCGCCGCUUAGUUGGCGGCACCACGCCCUAAUUCAGUCGCUGCUGUCGAGGGGUCCACUUAAGGAAGACGAUUUCCGCUCCAUCUUCUCACAACUUACCGGGAAAGCUUCAGGUUCCCAGCAGCAGUUGUUGAAUGAAUAUCUCCGCAAGAUAAAUGCAGAAUUAAGUUACGUUCAAUUUGAGCUGCGAGCCUGCCGGAACCAGUACAAUGGCAAUGUGUAUUAUGGUGUUGUCAACAAUGUUUCAGACGACCAGGCCAAGCUUGGAACAAAAUACACAGUUCCUCAAAUUGCUUUCUACAAGGGCAUUAUUGAAGCUAUUAUACAAGAUGAGGAAGCUGGAGGCUGUAUUUCUAGUACUGAUGCACUAAACAUACGACUGGAACCACAGGUCUAUGUGGCGUCUGAUUCACAGUCACAGGGAGGUGCAACCCAGGUCCCUGCUGCAUUUAAGAGUUUUUCCAUGUCUCAAAAGGAAAAAACUCUUGAACAAUUGGUCAAGGACCAGUGGCUUUGUACAAUGCGAGAUGGAAAAAUUGGUAUUGGAGUAAGAUCCUUUCUAGAUCUCCGAAGUUGGUUCCGUGCUAACGAGGUUCCUGCAUGUGAAGUAUGCAAUGAGGCUGCACUAAAGGCUCAGAUUUGCCAAAACGAAGCUUGUAAUGUUCGUCUUCAUGCAUACUGUCUGAAAAAGAAAUUCUCUCAACAAAGGAUCGGACGAGUUUGUCCAGGUUGUGGUACACAAUGGCAUGGCUCAACGGUCAAAGCAGAAUCUGCAGAAGACGAUGAUUCAAAUAUCACAUCUCAAGACCCACAGCCUCCUGAGUCUUCCAUGAAACGGAAACGUAAAUCCUAUGAAGAAGCUAAUGCUGAAGUUGUAGGAUCAGGUUCUGCUCUAACUUCUGCUACUUUGCCCGACCGGAAGAGGGUGACUCGAAGUUCUGCUCGGCUGAGUGCCAACUAAAAGCAGAUACUACUUUGUAAUAUCUCCCUGCUAUCCUCGCUUAUACCUUGUGAAAUAGGAGUCAAAUUCUGUCUUUAAGGCUACGGACUGCAGUUUUUUGAAAGCCUUUUCGGCUGUAAAUGGUUGUAAUAUAAAAGUAGCUCAAGCAUGUUAGCUAAGCAACAGUCUGCUUAUCUUUAUAUAUAAUACAUCCAUAUAUAUAAUGGAGAGCUGGAAGAGAAAAGCUAAAAA